GCAAUUAGGCCCGCAAACAACACCGCUAGCCAUGUGGCGCCGCGCCUCCCACCUCCUCAUCCGCACCGCCGCCGCCGCCGCCGCCCCGACCCGCCGCCUCCCACUUCCUCACCCGCCGCUACCCAUCGCCCCAAGAGUGGCCUCCGCAUCCUCAUCCUAUGCCACAGCGGUCGCGGCGAGGGCACCGCGGACGGUAGGGACCCUGCUGCGGCUCAACGACCUGUGUGACAACCCGGGCGCGCGGAAGCAGAAGACGCGCAAGGGACGCGGGAUCGGCUCCGGCAAGGGGAAGACGGCGGGACGCGGCCACAAGGGGCAGAAAGCGCGAGGCACCGCUAGGUUCGGCUUCGAGGGUGGCCAGACCCCGCUCCGCCGCCGCCUGCCCCGCCGUGGAUUCAAGAACCCCUUCUCACUCACAUUUCAGCCCUGUGGACUGGGGAAAAUUGCAAAACUCAUAAAUGCUGGGAAAAUUGAUUCCUCUGAAUUGAUUACCAUGAAGACACUAAAGGAAACAGGUGCCAUUGGGAAGCAAAUAAAAGAUGGAAUUCGUUUAAUGGGCCGUGGAGCAGAAGAAAUCAAAUGGCCUAUUCACCUUGAGGUGUCAAGGGCAACUGCAAGGGCCAAAGCUGCCGUGGAAGCUGCUGGUGGGACAGUAAGGCUGGUGUACUACAACAAACUUGGAUUCCGGGCACUCCUGAAACCUGAGUGGUUUGAGAAGAAGGGCCGCCUGUUACCAAAAGCAGCAAGGCCUCCACCCAAGCAGCGAGAUAAGGUCGAUAGCAUUGGCCGCCUGCCCGCGCCGACAAAGCCACUCCCCUUCACGGUAGAGGAGCUGGAGUUUGCAGCCCAGCGUGAGGCUGCCCGCGUGACUGCAUAAGAUGGGAGCACGUUGGCAGCACCUUUUUUUCUGAAAGCAUGCGCCACUGGAUGUGUAUCACAUUAGCUUUAGCAGGACAUGCAUAAGAAUGGACCGUUUUGUCUUUUUUUUUUCUUUUCCCUCAAGGAAUGGACUGUUAUAAAUUAAAUAUCCAUUCAUUUGAAUCAGAUGUUGCUGUAAUUUCUGAACUUACCUUGGGUUUUGAUUGAUAAAUGCCAUUUUUUCUGAAUAGGCUCAUGUAUGAUGUCAUUUUACCUGCCACCUUUUGAUCCUGUAAUGACAAUUGAGAAAUGCCGUUUAUUUC